AAAAAGUAAAAAAAUAUCCGGUAAUUAACAACGCCGUGUAAUAGCAUUGAAUUACAACCCUUUGUGAUAAUCCCUUCACAUUAUCCUUCAUUAAUUCAUUUCCUUUCCGGGCUUAUAAAUAGCACUAAACCACAACCUUUGUGCCUCACACCAGAAAAUUAAAGCCGAAAACAAAUUAGAGAAAAAAAAUGUCAGGAAUCAUCGAAAAAAUUGAAGAGGUCCUCCAUAUUGGAGGGAACAAGGAUGGUGAUCACAAAGAUGAUGACCACAAAGGAUAUCAUAAGGAAGAACACAAGGAUCAUCAUGAUGAUGAGAAGAAAAAGAAGGAAAAGAAGGAUGAUGAUGGAGAUAGCAUUGUGGACAAGAUCAAGGACAAGAUCCAUGGAGAUCAUGAUGACAAGGACGAGCACAAGGGCGAAGAGAAGAAGAAGAAGAAAAAGAAGAAGGACAAGAAGAAGCAUGAGGAUGGCCAUGAUGACCGUGACCAUGAAAGCGACAGCGGUAGCGGCAGCGGCAGCGACAGUGAUUAG